AUGAAUUAUCUGAAAAAUGCCUUACUUUUAAUUUCAAAUUCAAAUAAUAAAUCUAUCUUUUAGUUUGAUACUAUGAAUAAUAGAGAUAAUGUUAUAGAUGUGAAGACCAUGCAAAACAUGUUUAAGUUAAACAAUAUGUUAAUAAUGUGUUCUGUUAUCUAAUUUAUAAUUAGAUUUGAAUUUUCAAUGUAAUUGCAAUUCAGGGUACUUCUGGAAUAAAAAUAAUUGUUCUUAAUAUUUUUAAUCUUGUUUAACUUGUGA